AUGGAGGACGUGGAGGUGCGCUUCGCCCACCUCCUGCAGCCCAUCCACAACCUCACCAAGAACUGGGAGGUGGACGUGGCGGCCCAGCUGGGCGAAUAUCUGGAGGAGCCGGACCAGAUCUGCAUUUCUUUUGACGAAGGCAAAACCACAAUGAACUUUGUGGAGGCAGCGCUGCUGAUCCAGGGCUCCGCCUGUGUCUACAGUAAUAAGGUUGAAUACCUCUACUCACUGGUCUACCAGGCCCUCAAUUUCAUCUCUGGCAAGAGGAGGGCCAGGCAGCUCCCGGCGCAGGAAGACGGGGCCAGCAGGGACGCCAGCUCCAGGGCCUCCCAGCGGGUGGAGGAUGAGUUCCUGUUGCUGGAUGACCUGCCCGACACCCGUGCUAAUGUGGACCUGAGGAAUGAGCAGGCCCCCUGUGAGGUCGCCAUCAUCCCCCUCCUGCCCAUGGCCCUGGUAGCCCUGGAUGAGAUGGACAAGAACAGCCACCCCUUGUACAGCUGUCAGGGGGAGGUCCUGGCCAGUCGGAAGGAUUUUAGGAUGAACACGUGCACCCCUCACCCCCGAGGAGCCUUCAUGUUGGAGCCAGUGGGCUUGUCCCCCAGAAAGACUGCUGCCAGGACAGCUGGAUGCGCUGAGGAGCAGCCAAUGGAAGUCUCUAUGAUCAGGAGUCCGGUCCCUGUGCCUGACAUCUCCCAGGAGUCAGGCACGUCUCCAGAAGGCCCGAUGUCCACAGGUGGGGAUGAGGAUGAGGAUGCAGAGGGGGUGGCAGAGCUCCCUGAGGUCCCCCUGGAGCCCCAGGAGUCCAGGAGCCCACAGCAGAGCACUGCCCAGCCCAGGAGGUUUGAGUUGAGGGAGAGGCGGGAGGCCCUGGAGCCAGGGUCCCAGCUGAAGGAGACCCCAGACCCCUGGCAGAGCCUGGACCCCUUCAGCUCCCUGGACUCUAAGCCCUUCAAGAAAGGUAAACCCUACUCCGUGCCCGCCUGCGUGGAGGAGAGUUCCGGACAGAAGUGCAAGAGGAAGGGGACCGCCAAGCUGCAGGACUUCCACCAGUGGUACCUGGCCACCUAUGCUGACCAUGCUGACAGCAGGAGGCUCUGGAAAAAGGGCCCAUCCUUUGCAGACAUGGAGGUUCUGUACUGGAAACAUGUGAGGGAGCAGCUGGAGACCCUCCGGAAACUGCAGAGGGAGGCAGCUAAGCGGUGGCUGCCGAGGGCCGAGGAGGGGCUGUGGCCUGUUGAGGAGGACUGCCUGGAGGACUCCCUGGAGGAGCUGGGGGCAGCAGAUGACUUUCUAGAGCCCAAAGAAUACGCAGAGCCUGACGGGGCAAAGCCUGAGGACGCUGCAGACCUGGAAGCAGAGGCCAUGCCGGCAUCCCUGAGCUACGAGGAGCUGGUCCGGAGGAACGUGGAGCUCUUCAUCACCACGUCUCAGAAGUUCGUCCAGGAGACGGAGCUGAGCCAGUGUGUCAGGGACUGGGAGGACAGCAUCCAGCCCCUGCUCCAGGAGCAGGAGCAGCAUGUGCCCUUUGACAUCCACCUGUAUGGGGACCAGAUGGUCUCAAGGUUCAGUCAGCUCAAACAGUGGUGUCCCUUUGCAAAGCUGGUGGCGGGACAGCCUGCCUUCGAGGUGUGCCGCGCCAUGCUGGCCUCUCUGCAACUGGCCAAUGACCACACAAUAGAGAUCACUCAGCAGCCAGGGCUGGAGGCAGCUGUGGACACCAUGUCCCUAAGACUGCUCACACACCAGCGGGCCCACAAGCACUUCCAGACCUACACCACCCGCUCCAUGGCUCAGCCCUGAGUGGGCAGCCCUGUCCCCCAUGAUGUUGGGCCCACAUCUGCUCACUUCACACUUGCUUCCUGGCUGGCCCAGCCUAAUAAAGUGGUGUUGCCACCCCC